GGUAAUAAAUUAGAGAAGACUUGUCUUCACAAGACAGAAGAGCAUCUCUCUCUGCUUAAUAACAUAAACCUCAAGCAAUGGCAGCUAAAGCAAACUUCAGGGAAGGAUUGAAUGCUCGAAACAAGUAUGAAUCCAUCUUUGAAGGAGAACAUGUUCCCAUAUAUAGUCUGAAAAUGAGGAUUGACAAAGAAGGAAAACCCAUGUCCAGUUACAUUCACAAAAACAUCCCACUUUAUCCAAAUCCUGUAGAAUUCCACAUCACAGAAGUGGCUCACGUCACCAACAAGACUAGUCUCCUCAAGAUCUGGGACUCUGAGGGAUUCAAAGAUCUUGAACAUUCGUUUUCAUGGUGGAGCCUGAAGAUUAAUUACAUGGAUAUUCGAGAAGCUGAAGAGCGUUACCUUGAGAGAUUAUUCCCAAACAGAAGCAACGAUGAGAAAGAUGUUCAGCUGCCCUUCCUGAACCGGUUUACCACAUCUCCUUUGUUCAAGGGCCACCUCUCUCGUUACGGAAACUUCUGCUUCACGUUUCCUCUGUCUGAACUGAUGGAGGCCUACAAGCAGCAGAGUUGUGAGGGUGAAGAGCCGGUGCUCAGAGUUUAUCAGACCAAAGUCUUCAAGCAGGAGAUUGAGUAUGUUGUUCUUGUUCACAGCCCUCAGUUUAAUGAGAAAUUCAAAGAUUUCUUUCCGCUUAGAUACAGCCCAUUUGUUGACUAUGAUGGGCAUUGAAUCAUAUGGAAAGCUCAAGCCAUUUGUGAAACACACAAACUUAAACUGGAAACCAGUGGAAAGACAGCAGUGACAAAACCUUUGCAUUCACAUCAGUAUUAUGUGUGGGAUCACGUAAGUUUUGUCUUUCACACUCCUGAAGGCCUUACCUUCCCUAAAAGCAAGCUUAAAGAGAGCCUCAGCUGCUGUAUGCUGGAUCCAAACAUUAAACUUUCACGUGGAGAAAACUGCUAUUCCAUCAAACAUGCUAAGAGUGUCCUCGCGAGUUUGGAAGUUCAUAAAGCAGAAAAAGAAGAAGAAAAAUCUGAGGAGAUAAAAAUGGAAGAGGACUGAAGUUUGCAGGAGGUUUAACAGGUUUUGCUUUAGCUUUCCUGACACAUGGCUUGCAUUAUUGCAUUAUUACGUUAUUAAGAGUAAUUGCAUU